GACAGAAGACUAGAGGUGCAUGAUGGGAGUAGAGUCAACUUUAUGUACUCGUCAUUUCAACUAGUCUUACAUAACCAGCCAUCAUAAACCAUAAACUCUUACACUGAAUCCUAAGGCUAAGGAUCGAAGCUCUUUCAACUCCUCUGGGACCGAAGGAACUACACAAUCUUCAUCCAAUAGGUUAAAUUAAAUUAAGGAAUCACGUUCCAGUCAUUCAGUUUCUUACAAAGACAUGGUGAAACAAAAAAGGUAGACCAAGUAGAUGAAAUUGCUUGCUAAUUGUGUGUGUAUAUACAUACAUACAUAUAUAUAUAUAUAUUAUAUACUAAAAGACUACCACUAUAGUGAUCCAAGUGACCCCUUAAAAGCACACAAAGACUAUCACAGUUCUUCAAGCGGUUAGGAGUGAUUUAAGCAGUAUGUGGAUGCAUUCAGUUGUUUGAGGUUGGAGUCACAUAACUCUUUUUUAUUCUUAUACUUCUACUGGGUUGUCCUACUUUUCUGUACUUAUUGAGUUAUUCUUAAAACUUUUAAAAAGAAACUGUUUGAUAUCUUUUCUUUGCUAGAUAUCUUGUGGCUGAUCAGUAUUUUGGAUAAAGGGGCAGAGACAAAGAAAGGUCCAGAGUAUAGUCAAUCCAAUGCCAUAUUCUUAUUCGUUCCGAGUAGUUUCUCAUACAAUUAUCAAACAUGUACUUGUUUGUCUCUUGCUGGCAAUAGCAAAGAUAGACAAUAAUAAUUCUUCAAAUCCAGUGACAUGUUUUACUUGUCGUCCCAAUGAUACCCCUCAGAUAAAGUACGAUGUCUUUGUUAGCUUUAGCGGCGCUGACAUACGACAAGAUUUCCUUAGCCAUUUGGUUGAGGGUUUUUAUCGAAGGCAAAUUCAUGCGUUUGUAGAUUACAAGAUUCUCAAAGGGGAUCAACUAUCUGAAGCACUUCUUGAUGCAAUUGAAGGAUCAUUAAUUUCAUUGAUUAUAUUUUCAGAAAACUAUGCUUCUUCGCAUUGGUGUUUGUUUGAACUUGUGAAAAUUGUUGAGUGUAGAAAAAAAGAUGGGCAGAUUUUACUACCUAUCUUCUACAAAGUGGAUCCUUCAAAUGUACGAUAUCAAAAGGGGACUUAUGGAGAUGCCUUCGCUAAACACGAAGUAAGACAUAAUUUGACCACUAUGCAGACCUGGAGAUCUGCUUUGAAUGAAUCUGCUAAUCUAUCAGGAUUUCAUUCAUCAACUUUUCGGGAUGAAGCUGAGCUUGUUAAAGAGAUAGUUAAAUGUGUGUCGUUGAGGUUGAAUCAUGUGCACCAAGUUAACUCCAAAGGGCUUGUUGGAGUUGGUAAACGAAUUGCACAUGUAGAAUCAUUGCUACAAUUAGAAGCAACAGAUGUUCGUGUUAUUGGGAUCUGGGGUAUGGGAGGUAUUGGUAAGACGACCAUUGCCCAAGAAGUAUAUAAUAAACUCUGUUUUGAAUAUGAAGGUUGUUGUUUUUUGGCUAACAUAAGAGAAGAGUCGGGAAGACAUGGAAUUAUCUCUUUAAAGAAAAAGCUUUUUUCAACAUUAUUAGGUGAAGAAGAUUUGAAAAUUGACACACCUAAUGGAUUGCCUCAAUAUGUUGAGAGAAGGCUUCGUCGUAUAAAAGUUCUUAUCAUUCUUGAUGAUGUCAAUGAUUCUGAACAACUGGAAAUUUUAGCUGGAACACGUGAUUGGUUUGGAUUAGGUAGCAGAAUCAUCAUAACAACUAGAGAUAAGCAGGUACUUGCUAAAGAGUCUGCUAAUAUAUACGAGGUUGAGACAUUAAACUUUGAUGAAUCCUUACGGCUUUUCAAUUUGAAUGCCUUUAAAGAAGUUCAUCUUGAAAGAGAGUACCAUGAGCUUUCAAAGAAAGUGGUGAAUUAUGCACAAGGCAUUCCAUUAGUUCUUAAAGUUUUGGGUCACCUUCUUCAUGGAAAAGAGAAAGAAAUUUGGGAAAGCCAACUUGAAAGGCUUAAGAAAGUGCAAAGCAAAAAGGUUCAUGAUAUUAUCAAAUUGAGCUACAAUGAUCUUGAUCAGGAUGAAAAGAAGAUAUUUUUGGAUAUUGCAUGUUUUUUCGAUGGACUGAAUCUGAAAGUAAACAAAAUAAAAAUUUUAUUGAAAGAUCAUGAUUAUUCAGUGGCUGCGGGAUUAGAAAGGUUGAAGGAUAAAGCUCUUAUUAGUGUUUCUCAAGAAAAUAUUGUAACCAUGCACAACAUCAUACAAGAAACAGCUUGGCAGAUUGCUCGCCAAGAAUCCAUUGAAGAUCCUAGAAGCCAAAGUCGACUAUUGGAUCCUGAUGACGUUUAUCUAGUACUAAAAUAUAACAAGGGUAACGAGGCUAUCAGAAGCAUAGUCAUCAACUUGUCGGGAAUCAAGCAAUUGCAAUUAAACCCUCAAGUAUUUGCUAAGAUGAGCAAACUAUAUUUUCUAGAUUUUUAUAAUAAAGGGUCCUGCAGUUGCCUCCGGGAACAAGGGGGCUUGUAUCUUCCCCAAGGGCUUGAAUCUUUGUCCAAUGAAUUGAGAUAUCUUCGUUGGACCCAUUACCCUUUGGAAUCUCUGCCUUCAAAGUUUUCAGCUGAAAAUCUUGUUGAACUGAACUUGCCCUAUAGCCGAGUGAAAAAACUUUGGCAAGCAGUGCCAGAUCUUGUGAAUAUGAGGAUCCUUAUACUCCAUUCAUCCACACAACUAAAGGAGCUGCCUGACCUAUCAAAGGCCACAAAUCUUAAAGUAAUGGAUCUCCGAUUUUGUGUAGGGUUAACUAGUGUACAUCCAUCAGUUUUCUCUCUCAAAAAGCUUGAGAAAUUGUAUCUAGGUGGUUGCUUUUCCCUUAGAAGCCUCCGAAGCAAUAUCCAUUUGGACUCUCUUCGUUAUCUCUCCCUCUAUGGCUGCAUGUCACUGAAGUAUUUCUCAGUGACCUCAAAGAAUAUGGUAAGGUUGAAUUUAGAACUCACUAGUAUCAAACAAUUGCCUUCAUCUAUUGGACUUCAAAGCAAGCUUGAAAAGCUACGUCUAGCAUACACUUACAUUGAGAACUUACCAACAAGUAUCAAGCAUCUUACAAAGCUGCGACAUCUAGAUGUAAGACAUUGCAGGGAGCUUCGAACUCUACCGGAGCUUCCCCCGUCACUUGAAACACUAGAUGCUCGUGGAUGUGUAUCAUUGGAGACUGUAAUGUUCCCUUCUACUGCUGGAGAACAACUGAAGGAAAAUAAGAAAAGGGUUGCUUUCUGGAACUGCUUGAAAUUGGAUGAACAUUCUCUCAAGGCUAUUGAGCUGAAUGCACAAAUUAACAUGAUGAAAUUUGCACACCAACAUUUGUCCACAUUUGGUGAUGCCCAUCAAGGUACCUAUGUGUACCCGGGAAGCAAAGUUCCAGAAUGGUUGGUGCAUAAGACAAUACAGCGUGAUUACGUGACUAUUGAUCUCUCUUUUGUUCUUGCUCCACACUCCUCUGAUCACUUGGGCUUCAUUUUUGGCUUCGUUGUUCCGGAAGUCCCUAAUGAGGGUUUGGUUUUGGAAUUUAAGAUAAGCACUGGAGGAGAAGGUGAAGGUAGCAAUAUCAAUGUGUACUUAGACAGACCACGUCAUGGUAUUAAAUCGGAUCAUGUGUAUCUAAUGUAUGACCAAGCAUGUUCUCGCUACCUAAAUAGUCGUGCCAAACAUCAUCCAAGGUUGAAGAUUAAGGUUACAGUAGCAUCGCGAACGCACACAUCCAAGUAUGUACCAUUGCAGUUAAGAGGGUUUGGAGUCAGCACAAUCAACACUACACAAUACCUCAGUUUUGUUCGUAAAGUAGAAUUGGGUGAUGGUAUUCCAAAUGCCCCAAAUUUGUUUAGAUUUUUUUGGACUUUCUGCCUUGCUGUUUUUUUUGGGACUUCUAGGAUUUAUUUUAGAAGGUUAGUAGAAUAAUGAAAGAAAUGUUGUUUUUGCAUUAAGAAAUAAUAGAAUACAAAGCUACUUGUGAUGAGAAGGAUAUAUAUUGACAGGAGCUUUUUGACAUGGCUACA